AGGUCCUUUAUGUUUGUUAAAAAAAGCCGGUCUGCACACAUUGCAGGCACUGAACAAGCAUCAUGCUCCUCUUAACUCUGCUGAUAGUAUUUGUGACAAGUUCAACAUGCUCAGAAACCCAGAGUCGCCAAAAAAGAGCAUGGAUCAUCGACUCCUAUGAAAUAGAAGAGGGACACCUGGGGCCCUUUCCUUAUAAGUUGGGCCAGGUGGGCAUCGACCGCAAAUACCAAGUAUACUUUGACCUGUACGGCCAAGGAAUUGACGAGGAGCCAGAGGGAGUCUUCACCAUUAAUAAGAACACGGGUGAACUUUUUGUCCAAAGGCCCGUGGACUACGAGGAGCAGAAAGUGCUUAAGUUUAGUUUUGAAGCCAAGAAGACGCAUGACCUUACAAUUGACACUCGACUAGGAAUUGAGAUUUUAAUUCGAGACAUCAACGACAACCCUCCACUCUUCGAGAGACCUCUGUAUGAAGUCACGGUUGAUGAGGAUCUCUCCCAAGGCUCCCAUAUCCACACUGUGGUAGCCUAUGACAGAGAUCAGAAAGGAACCCCCAACUCAACUUUCCACUACGCCAUCAAAUCAGUGUCCCCAGAAUCUCCAAACAUUGAAUUCUUCAUCAAAAAUACCGGAGCGCUGUCAUUUAAAGGUUGUUUGGAUCAUGAGGUGGCCAGCAAGCACACAUUGCUGAUAGAGGCCAUAGACCAUGGUGAAGUUGUCCAGUUAUCCAGUUCAACCACAGUCAUCAUCAAUGUGGAGGACGGUAACAACCACCUUCCAGUCGUCACAGGUCAAACGGGCUCCGGCAAAGUGAAGGAAAAUGAGUCCGGGGUCUCUCCUCUGCGCCUCCAUGUGACGGACCAUGACGUGUUUCAGAGCAAAGCCUGGAGAGUGGAAUACACCAUUCUCGGGAAUGAGAAAGGAUACUUCAACAUAGAGACAGAUAGAAAGACCAAUGAUGGAAUUCUGACUGUUGUAAAAUCAUUAGACUUUGAAGAAGGAGCAACAAAAGAGCUGAAGAUCUCUGUUAAAAACAAGGCACCAUAUUUUUCCUGUGAAGUGAAGAGCCGGCCGACCAUCGGCUUGUGGAAUGUUGACGUCACUAAAAACCAAAGCAGCGGUGGCAACAUUCACUAUAAUGCCACAACAGUCAUCAUUGAGGUAGUGGAUGUCAACGAACCCCCGGAGUUCACUGUGACUGUCAAAGAGGCCAGGCUGCCGGAGAACACACAGAUCGGAACCUGGGUGGAAAAAGUGACUGCUGUGGAUCAAGACUCCAGUGCUGCAAGAGACUUCAUUUACAAAGUGGGAGAUGAUCCUGCAGGGUGGAUGGAGAUUGAUGCAGAUACUGGGGACAUCACUACCAUAAAGAUGCUGGACAGAGAAUCCCCCCAUGUUGUCAAUGGCUUUUACACCCUAAUAUUGCAUGCUAUGGAUAAAGGUCAGCCACCUAUGACAGGCACAGCUACACUGCAGAUCCACCUUAUUGACAUAAAUGACAAUGUGCCAAAACUGGACGUGAACUACGUCGACGUCUGCUUAUCUGAUAGCCACACUCCCACCAACAUCUCAGCCACUGACCCAGAUGGGGAUCCCUUAGGGGGGCCUUUCAAGUUUGAGCUGCUGGGGGACAUCAAAGGAAAAUGGAAACUAGAUCCAUCUUAUGGUUUCACAGCUGGAUUGGUGAGGGAUUCCAGUGUGUAUGCUGGCUUAUACACUCUUAAAGUGAAGGUUUCAGACCAGCAGGGAGAGUAUGGCAUUUACAGCCUGAACACAACUGUUUGCUCUUGCUCUGUGGUACGCAACUGUCGCAGUCGGAACAUUGGAACAUUUACUGGCGAAGGCGCUAUAGGCAUCAUACUGGCCUCUUUGGUUUUACUCUUGCUGGUGCUGCUUGCUGCAGUUUCCUUCUCCUGUAAAGAGGAGUUUGACAACUGGGAGACGAUUCCUGAUGAUUUCCUUUUAGGACAGAUAAAUCAUUCAAAUGUUGAGAAGCCAGGGACUGACUGCAAGGUAUCAAAUAUUUUCACUGCACCAGAUGGUCAGAAGCCCAACUAUUUAUCCAAGACACAAGAUCAGGAUGACAGGAGAAGUCACAUUAUUUGGAAGGGUAUGGAUGAAGCACUCAUCAAUAACCACACAGAGGUUUUCUGGAGGGAAUACAGGAGUAUGUAUGAAAACAGAGACUUGAAGUACCACAAAAGACACCAACUGCUAGACAAAUCAUUGCGCUCCUUGAUUCAGUUGAAGCUCUGUUCUCUCCAGGAAACUGUGGAUGAUCUGCCCGAUUAUGAACCUUACAUCUAUGCAGAGGAAGGGGACCUCGACAUAGUCUCAGAUCUGGAUCGUAUAUGCUUUUCUGAUGGUCCCCCUUCGAAUUUAUGUGAGAAUUUAGGCCCAGAGUUUGAACCACUGGCUUCCAUCUGCAUGCCACCACAAUUACAAAAUCAAGAGCACAAACUCUAAAACAGUCUUUAUGCAACAUGGCAUUUAAUGGCAGCAGUUGCACAUCUCCACUUUUAAAUCUUACAAAAGGAGCAGAAAAGAAAAAGAAAAAAAUCCAGUGCUUUGAAAAAUGCUUUUUCAAGGCCACUUAAGAGUUGCUCAAAAGUACAGAAGACACUUAAAUGCUAUUUUAAUCUGAAGAUAUUCAAUAUUCCAUAAUCUCACAGCU